GGUUUUAUUUUAAACAUCACCUUUCCCUGACUUACAUUUUGUGGAGGGGUGGGGGAGCCUGGGACUUAUAUUGAUCAGUCUACACUUUCUGUAGGAAUCUGAAUUUUCACAAGCUGUUUUAAAGCAAAUGCUGCUUUUAUUAGAUCUUGCUUUUACUGGUGGAUGGAUUGGAAUGAGGAAAUGACUCAUGACAGGCAAGGAAUAGCUAGAACAUACUUUCCUCUGUUUUAUAUACAAAACCCAACAAACUCAAACUCCCUCCCCCUCCUAAACAAACCAACCACCCUUAACACACAAACUGUAAGAAAAAAAUUAAAAGAUGAUAGGGAGUACUCGGGAGAACAGCCAGGAAUAUUGACCAUUUCAAAGAUACAGGUUGUAAGGGGAUGUGCAGAGAAUAUGGAAGCUGCAGAUCCACCUGAUCAAUCAUUCAGGAAACAGUGGCAUGUCUUUGUGAACCUAUGAAAUGGCCGUGAUGGAAAUUGCAUGCCAAGGAGCUCCUGACCCCACCAUCGGGCAACAAAAGGAGCUUUCUGCUACUAAAGGGCUGGGUGAAACAGUGAGUGAGAAGCAGAGCAGUGUUUGCAAAGUAGAAGAUUCAGAGAAAGUUGCCUUCCACAGUCAAUGGAAAAUCCUGAAAGAUGUGAUCACCAAAGGAACAGCAAAAGAAGAGACAGAAGGGGGUUCUGCAUCCAUUUCCAUCAUCGCCCAGGCUGAAUGUGAGAACAGCCAGGAGUUCAGCCCCACCUUUUCAGAGAGACCUUUCAUAGCUGAUAGUAAACGUUACAGUCGGUCAGACAGUCUUGAUCAAAUUCCGAACAAUGUGGCUCAUGCUACUGAAGGGAAAAUGGCACCAGCCUGCCGGAGGGCAAGGCAUCGUGGUAAAGGCAAGAAGAAACGUCGCAAGAAAAGAUCCAGGGUCAGAAUACAAACACUGGCCUCUGCUAAGCAAGGGCCCAGAACUCCAGAACAGGAAAGUUGUACACCGAUCCCAGUCCAGGAGGAUGAAACUCACCAAAACACUCUCUUCAGUAACAGCUCCUGUUUUUCAGAACCUUGCAAGGACUCAAUUUGUGAUCAGUUACCAUUUGAGAAACCUAGAAAAGUUCUACUCACAGGCAGACUCCAUUCGCUAAGGAACCUGCACAGACCAGAACUGCACAAGCUGAUAAGCCCAGUACAGUGCCUGAACCAUGUUUGGAAGCUACACUGUCAGGGUGAUUUUGUGCCUCAGCCAGAGACCCUCCAUCCCUUCCCUUACAGUCCUCUUUGUGCCAUGAAACAUUAUCCUCUGGAGAUUAAUCUCCUCGAUGAUCGGGCCUGUGUGAAUGGUGAGCAUCACUUUUCUGGCCUAAGCUUAGAAUGCAGCUUCCCAAAAUGUGUCAGCCCGUCCCGGGAAACCAACUUGGACAAACUUUCUGUGGAAGAAUAUUUGGUGGAUGCUCUUAAGGGGAGCGUGAGUCUCGGUGAGCCGCAGAAUUUAGCCAGCCUGGCCAAGACGUGGAGAGGAGGCAGUCUGGAUUUGAAGGAGCAGUUUCAAGAGACAGAUGACAAUGAAGGGGUGCUGCUUACUGAGAAACUAAAGCCAGUGGACUAUGAAUACCGAGAAGAGGUUCACUGGACCAAGUGCCAGGACUUCCUGGGUGUUGGCUCUUUUGGGGAAGUGUACAAAAUAGAGGACAAACAGACGGGAUUUCAGUGUGCUGCCAAAAAGGUGCAAGUCGAACACUUUCGUGCAGAAGAGUUGACGACAUGUGCUGGAGUAACAAGUCCCAAAGUUGUCCCUUUGUAUGGAGCCGUGAAGGAAGGUCCUUGGGUUACUAUCUUCAUGGAGCUAAUGGAGGGUGGCUCACUAGGCCAGCUGAUUAAACAAAGUGGCUACUUGCCAGAGGAUAGAGCCCUCCGUUACCUGGGUCAAGCAUUAGAGGGUCUGGAGUAUCUUCAUGCUCACCAUAUUCUGCAUGGAGAUGUCAAAGCGGACAAUGUGCUCUUAUCCAGUGAUGGAAGCCGGGCUCUCCUCUGCGACUUCGGCCACUCUGCUCGCCUUCAUCCCGAUGGCUUGGGGAAGUGCUUGGUGACAGGGUGCUACAUGCCUGGCACAGAGACUCACAUGGCUCCAGAGGUAGUAAUGGGAAAACGCUGUGACUCAAAGGUGGAUGUCUGGAGCAGCUGCUGCAUGAUGCUGCAUAUGCUCAAUGGAUGUCAUCCUUGGACCCGGUAUUACAAUCACCCUCUUUGCUUAAAGAUAGUCAAAGAGCCGCCUCCAUUGAGGGAAAUCCCACCUUCCUGUAACCGUUCCACUGUCGAGAUCAUUAAAGCAGGGCUAGAGAAGGAGCCACUUAAAAGAGCUUCUGCGGCUGAGUUGAAGACGAAGGCUGACAUAGCUCUGCAGGAGGUGAGAGAUGUGAAGAACCCCUGGAGAGAAUACAGAGAACCUAGAUGCUUAUCUUUGGAUGAAAAAAACAAUCCGCACACCUCCCUGUCCCCAACAGUCAGCCUAAUUUCUGAGACUCUGGCUAGCCCUGGGUCAGCUCCUUGCCUAUCCCAAAGCCUGCAGCCACCAUCUCUGGAGCUGACAAAGAAGACUGGGGUAACCCCUUGGAAUCUGUGCAAGGAGUUACCUAGGGUCUGUGAUCCACUUUCCCUCUCCUCCCUGGCUCCUGUCCCCACCAAGAGCAGCAGCUCCUCGGAACGGGCAACAACUAUCUCGGAACAGGAGCUUCAGCAACUGGAAAUAGAGUUGUUUUUGAACAGUCUGUCACAGCCAUACUCUCUGGAGGAGCAGGAGCAAAUGCUCUCAUGUCUCAGCAUUGACAGCCCGCUCAUGUCUGAUGCCAGCGAGAAGAACUCUCUGAAGGCCUCUCAGAGCCUAAGGGACACCAUGAGCUCUGGGGUUCACUCCUGGAGCAGCCAGACUGAUGGACCGAGCUUCAGCUGGAACAACCUGCUGUAUCGCAGUCGGCACACAGACACCCCCAGCUAUUUCAAUGGAGUGAAAAUCCAGAUCCAGUUGCUAAGUGGAGAAAAUCUUCAUAUCCGAGAGUUCCACAGGACCAAGGUGGGAGACAUUGCUACUGGGAUAAGCAGCCAGAUACCAGCCUCUGCUUUCAGCCUUGUUACAAAAGAAGGUCAACCUGUUCGCUAUGACAUGGAGGUUCCUGACUCUGGUAUAGAGCUGCAGUGCACCCUGGCUCCUGACUGCAGUUUCGGUUGGACCUGGAGAGUCAAGCAUGGUCAGUUGGAGAAUAGACCAUGAGGCUCUUGGUCGUGGAGGUCACUUCCUUAUGUUGAAGCAUGGAAUUACAGAAGCCCACAACCAGCUUUGCCUGAUAAGCAUCAAAUGUAGCUAUUGCUGUUUCCUACUGAACUAGGAUUCAGGGUUCAGCUACUCCCUGCUUUAGUGCAUCAACGCCUUGCUGCUUGGUCUGGAUUCAGUCUCUAGGCAGGCGCUGUCCUCCAUAAGGCGCUGUCUAGAGCGAGGGCUGUGUACGUGCUGUGAUUGAAUGCAGCAGUGAGGAACUUCUGCAGAGAGGAACAGGGCUGUGGUGCUGUGCAUCAGCACUUUCGAGCAGAAUGCUGGAGUUAGCUGGACACACCAAUUGCUCAGAACUCUGACAUGGAGUCAGUCGAUGUUGAACUCGCUGGAGGAAGGAAGCUAGGGAUCUUGAGUGUAGUAGUAUGGUGGGUGAGGAGGUGGCAAACUCCUUUCUUGGUGGAGGAAAAGUUCUGUUUCUGUAAGUUUUUUUUUUUUUUUUUUUUUUUUUUUUUUUUUUUUUUUAAAUAGCAUCACUGCCUUAAGAUCAAAGCAGUGGAGGAAAAUAGAAGCUGUAACAGGCUGGGUUUAAGGGUUAUAAUCAAAUCCUUGUGUUUCCGGUUUCCCUUCCCAGCAGCACUCAGUUUUUUGAGGUUGCAGCUUCUAAUCAGAAAGGGAGCAGGGCUGCUUUCCAGAAAGGGCUUUCCGUUCACCUCUGAUUGCAACAUCCCCUCUGUAGUUCUGGUCCACAGAGACCUUGCAUUAUCCCACUCCUUCAUUACUGUAAACAAUAGAUAUCAAGGAAGGGAAUACAUGGUCUGGAGGCUAGAGGUUGACUCCUGAGUUCUGUUCCCAGCUUUGCCAUUGAUGUGCUGUGCCUUGACUAACCUUUUUUGAGAGUCAGUGUGUCCGUACGAUGGAUAGAAUAUGGGUGGGAGGAAUGGCAGCUAGAUUUAACCUCUGUGGAGCACGUCAACAUCAGUGAAUGACAGGUACUGCAUAAGUCCUCUGUUAGAGCCAUGGCUAAGACUUACUUCCUUACAGUACUAUCAUCCCCAUUUUACAGAUCAGAAGUCUGAGGCAAGAGCAGAGCAGUGACUUGGCCAAAACCACACUGAACGUAUGGCAGAGCUGGGACUAGACGUUCCUGACUCCAGCCAGUGCUUUGUCCACAGACCAUGUUGUAAAUUAGUGAAACGUGCAAGUCAUGCUGGGCUAAAGUACAGUUCUCCUUCGCCUUUAUUAGAAGAUGCAAGCACAUUAAGCCUGUAAUCUCCAA